CAUUCAGCCACCAAUCCUAAGCAUCGUCCAUGAACCUUCUUUCGACCUCGUAGGAAGCUUACUAGGAAAGAUACAUAUAUAAAGGGGAACUUUGCCUUCAACAUAAAGGUACACCAUGUGAAUUCAGUCGAUUACCAUGGCUGCAAAUAAUCCUAGUGCAAACAUGUCUGAUGGGAGUUUUAGAUCACUGGACUCACCUGAUAGUGAUUUUUCCAACCAGCUAAUUAACUUUGAGCUUUCUGACAUUUUUGAGCUCGAUAAUUGGCCCGUUCAUGAUGAUCCAACGUUCGUUGUUUCUGGCCCUUCCCAGUACUCAGGAAAUGAAGUGGUUGUCACUGAGAGAAGCAGGAGUUACCAUGAAGGAUCUAGCAACAACAUUGGGAGCAGCAGGGAGAGGAAGGAAGUAAAGGACAAGGUUGCUUUCAAAACACUGUCACAGAUUGAAAUACUAGAUGAUGGCUAUAAGUGGAGAAAGUAUGGAAAGAAGAUGGUGAAAGAUAGUCCAAACCCAAGGAAUUACUAUAGGUGCUCCAUUGAAAGUUGUCCAGUGAAGAAGAGAGUUGAACGAGACAAAGAGGACUGUCGGUAUGUGAUAACCACCUAUGAGGGUGUCCACAACCAUCAAGGUCCUUCCCAGUUCUGAUUCCUGUAACAGAGCAUGAAUUUUGAAGUUACUAUGACUGUUGCAAAGUAGCUAAAUCAGGGUUUUACUAGUAAAUUCGAUCACCUAUACUGUUUCCGGUGUUUAGACCUGACCGCUUGGCAAGUUCGUAACCUAUCACAGUGGGCUCAGAUGGAGACGUCUCUCAGUUGGCAUGUAAUCUAAUCUUGCUUCCUACAGGAUUUAUAUAUGUUAUAGCAUUACCAACUGACAUGGUAAUCUUCAGUGUUGAAACA